AUGCAUUUUAGAAGAACGAUGAGUAGAGUGCCCACGUUGGCAUCGCUUGAAGUACGAUAUAAAAAAUCUUUUGGCCAUAAACUUCGUGAUUUUAUUGCUCUAUGUGGCCACUAUUUUUCUCCACUGAAAAAAUAUGUUUUUCCCAGUUUUAUCGCAGUUCAUUAUUUCUAUACGAUAUCCCUCACAUUAAUAACUUCAAUCCUACUGUAUCCCAUUAAAAAUACCAGAUACAUCGAUACAUUGUUUUUGGCAGCGGGUGCAGUUACACAAGGUGGCUUAAAUACUGUGGAUAUCAAUAAUUUAAGCUUAUAUCAACAAAUUGUUCUGUAUAUCGUAUGCUGCAUAUCAACGCCAAUCGCUGUUCACAGUUGUUUGGCCUUCGUACGGCUUUACUGGUUUGAGCGUUAUUUCGAUGGUAUUAGGGACUCUUCUAGACGAAAUUUUAAGAUGAGAAGAACAAAGACAAUUUUAGAAAGGGAACUAACAGCAAGAACUAUGACAAAAAACAGAACCGGUACUCAAAAAAUGUCUUAUCCCAGGAAAAAAGCUAAAACAGACGAUUUCCAAGAAAAAUUGUUCAGCGGAGAAAUGGUUAAUAGAGAUGAGCAGGACUCAGUUCACAGUGGCCAGAAUUCCCAUGAGGUUAGUAAGGAUAGCAGCAAUAAUGAUAUGAAUCACAAUGGUAGUAGUGGUAGUUUAGAUGAUUUUGUUAAGGAAGACGAAACGGACGACAAUGGAGAAUAUCAGGAAAACAACUCGUACUCAACCGUAGGUAGUUCAUCUAAUACAGCUGCAGACGAAAGUUUAAAUCAGAAGCCCAAGACGAGUAGUCUUCGGUUCGAUGAACCACAAACCAAACAAAAACACACGAGAGUUCCCUCAGAAAAAUUUGCAAAAAGAAGAGGUUCAAGAGAUAUCAGCCCAGCAGAUAUGUAUCGAUCGAUUAUGAUGCUACAAGGUAAGCAUGAAGCAACUGCUGAAGAUGAAGGUCCGCCUCUAGUCAUCGGAUCCCCCACGGACGGUGCAAGAUAUACAAGUAAUGUCAAUAAGCUAAAGAAGGCCACCAACAUUAAUGGUAGCACAAUCAAAAUUAGAGAUAAAGGAAAAGAAAGCAAUACCGAUCAAAGUUCCUUAUCAAGUAGUACAAAUAGUACAGCGAGCGUUUCGGACGAGGGUUCGUUACCUACGAAUUUUGGUAGUAGAGUACCUUCGUUGAGAACAAAUACACAUAGAUCAGAUUCAGGCCCAAUAGCCAUUACUGAUGAUGGGGAAGCAGAUAGAAAGCAUGGUCCAUCAAUUCAAUUCGAUAUAACUAAACCUCCUAGAAAGCUUCCAAAAAGGGUUUCUACCAUGGAUGAUUCGAACCCAAGAUCUUCCGCUCCUUAUCAAAAAAAGACAUCGAAGAAGUACAUCAUGAAACAUUUUCCUAAGGCUCGGCGAAUACGGCAACAAAUUAAAAGAAGGCUUUCUACUGGUUCAAUUGAUAAAAACAGUAGUAACAAUAUACCGGAUACGAAGCCUAUUUCUGAGCUGGAUAAUGAUGACAACGAUGGCGAUAACAACGAAGAAUACUUUGCUGACAACGAAAGCGGCGAUGAAGAUGAACGAGCACAACAGCCGGAACCACAGUUUGAUUCAGAACUAAAAUUGCACCAACACCAACUGCAGCAGAACCUGCACCGCAUGUAUAAAACUAAAUCAUUUGAUGAUAAUCGCUCGAGAGCUGUACCCAUGGAACGUUCCAGGACGAUCGAUAUGGCUGAGGCUAAGGAUCUAAAUGAGCUUGCAAGGACGCCUGAUUUUCAAAGAAUGGUUUAUCAAAAUUGGAAAGCUCAUCACAGAAAAAAAACAAACUUUAGAAAAAGGGGAUGGAAUGGCAAGAUAUUUGAGCAUGGUGCUGAUGCGUUCGACAGCGACCGCAACUAUCCUGACAAUGGUAAUACUGGAAAUAGCAUACUUCACUAUGCAGAGUCCAUUUUACAUCAUGAUGGUUCUCACAGAAACGGAAGCGAAGAUGCCUCUUCGGACUCUAAUGAGGUUAUCUAUCCCACAAAUGGAAGAAAUGACCACAAUGAAUUUAAUAGCUAUCCGACUUACAACGACGAUGAAGAAGGCUAUUAUGGUUUACAUUUCGAUACUGAUUAUGACCUAGAUCCUCGUCAUGAUUUAUCCAAGAGCAGUGGUAAAACAUAUUUAUCAUGGCAACCAACCAUCGGACGUAAUUCAAACUUUCUUGGGUUAACAAGAGCCCAGAAAGACGAAUUAGGUGGUGUUGAGUACAGGGCCAUCAAACUUCUAUGUACCAUAUUGGUUGUCUACUAUGUUGGAUGGCAUAUUGUUGCUUUCGUUAUGUUAGUACCUUGGAUUGUUUUGAAAAAACAUUAUAGUGAGAUUGUUAGGGAUGAUGGUGUAUCUCCCACCUGGUGGGGAUUUUGGACGGCAAUGAGUGCAUUUAAUGAUUUAGGAUUGACACUAACUCCUGAUUCAAUGAUGUCAUUUAACAAAGCUGUAUACCCAUUGAUCACUAUGAUUUGGUUUAUUAUUAUCGGAAAUACUGGAUUUCCCAUCCUCCUUAGAUGCAUCAUUUGGAUAAUGUACAAACUUUCUCCUGACUUAUCACAGAUGAGGGAAAGUUUAGGUUUUCUUUUAGAUCAUCCACGUCGUUGUUUCACUUUGCUAUUUCCGAAAGCCGCCACUUGGUGGCUACUUUUAACACUCGCAGGACUGAAUAUAACAGAUUGGAUCUUAUUUAUCAUUCUAGACUUUGGCUCAACUGUAGUCAAAUCAUUAUCGAAAGGUUACAGAGUUCUUGUUGGAUUGUUCCAAUCUGUUAGCACAAGAACUGCGGGCUUCAGUGUUGUUGAUUUGAGUCAACUACACCCCUCUAUUCAAGUUUCCUACAUGCUUAUGAUGUAUGUCUCUGUAUUACCACUAGCCAUUUCUAUUAGACGAACAAAUGUUUACGAGGAGCAAUCUUUAGGGCUAUAUGGAGAUAUGGGGGGAGAACCAGAGGAUACAGAUACUGAAGACGAUGGUAACGAUGAAGACGACGACGAGGAAGACGAGAGCCAUGAAGGUCAAAGUAGUCAAAGAAGUAGUUCAAACAACAACAGGAAAAAGAAAAAGAAAAAGAAAAAGAAAACUGAAAGCUCUAAUGAAAUAUCUACCAAAUCCUUUAUUGGUGCCCAUUUAAGAAAACAACUUUCUUUUGACUUGUGGUUUCUAUUUUUAGGAUUAUUUAUCAUCUGCAUUUGUGAAGGAGACAAGAUAAAGGACGUACAAGAACCAAAUUUUAAUAUAUUUGCAAUUCUUUUCGAAAUUGUUAGCGCGUAUGGUACAGUUGGGCUAUCUUUAGGUUAUCCGAACACAAAUCAAUCAUUUUCAAGACAGCUUACUACAUUAUCUAAACUAGUAAUCAUAGCUAUGUUGAUUAGAGGUAAAAAUAGAGGUUUACCAUAUUCAUUGGAUCGUGCAAUUAUCUUGCCUAGUGAUAGGCUUGAGCAUAUUGACCACCUUGAGGGCAUGAAAUUGAAGAGACAGGCCAAAACCAAUACAGAAGAUCCGAUGACGGAGCAUUUCAAGAGAAGCUUUACCGAUGUAAAACAUCGUUGGGGAGCACUUAAGCGUAGGACUACUCAUUCCAGAAACUCAAAAAGAAGCAACACAACGCUCUAA